AUGCGAUUGCAAUUCGAGUCUGUGGUUGCGAUUAGGGUGCAUCCUGGAUGUUUGUUCAACAACAACCCCGCCAACUCCGCUAUCACAUGCGGGUCCAGCGUAAUUGCACGGACCCUCCGAACGCUCCGCUUCCAGCUCCGACCCGGACGAAGGUCGCUCCUGCCAGCCAUUACCGACUGCCACCGAGGCUGCUGUCGUCGGGAGAAGUAG